GUCGGAGUUUUAAAAGUAGAAAAUGUGGCGUUUGCGUGAGUGCCCAAGAUAUUACGCCAUUUUUGGCUUAAUUAAAAUAUUAAUAUUGAUACUAAAAUCACUACUAUUAGUCGAGGGCUGUUAUGAUGGUCAGGAAUGUUACACUCCACGAAACUUUAAAGGAAACUAUUAUACGAAAGACUAUUUGCAAAGACUAAAGGAACUACCGCACCAUCACUGUGAGGGAUCUUGCAUAGAUAAUAACGAAACGCUUAUUUGUUGCUCAUUCCGAAUUAAGCCCGAGAAAUAUCGUUUACUUAACCAAACAUGCAUAGAGGACCAUCUACCACAUCCAUUUAUUACAUUUGGAAAUGCAGCAUUGCCCAACGAAUUUCCAUUUAUGGCUGCCUUGGGUUGGCGUAUUCGCAAUAAAAAUGGCACAGAGAGCAUUGCAUACCGAUGCGGUGCAACUUUAAUCGAUAAAAGAUAUGUACUAACAGCCGCCCACUGUCUUUACCACUCAAGUGAUCCGCCUGUUGUGGUGCGCCCAGGGGGACUCGAUUUGACUAGUACCACGGCUGUUGAUUAUAAAAUCGAUCAGAUUAUUGAGCAUCCGGAGUAUGAAUACCCAGGCCUUUACAAUGAUAUAGCCAUUAUUCGUAUGGCGAAAAGCUUUUCUAGCGACGUUCCAGUUACUAACGCUUGCAUCUGGUAUAGGCCACUGCCAAAGAAGGAAGUAACAGCCAUUGGUUAUGGCGAUACACAAUUUGGUGGCACCUCUUCUGCUGUGUUAUUGAAAACGAAUUUGUCUACGAUCUUGAACGAAGAAUGCAACCUGCACUACGAACAGGACGACGACACACUGAGUGCCGGUGUUACCUCAACGCAGUUGUGUGCCAAAGAUCAUGAAAAGCUGCGAGACACAUGUCAGGGAGACUCCGGUGGUCCACUAAUUAUGUAUGAGGAAUUAAAAGGUUACAUACCGAUUGCGUAUAUUGUGGGUAUAACAUCGUUUGGCAUUGGAUGUGGCACUGGCACCCCUGGAAUUUAUACACGUACUUCGGAAUAUUUUGAUUGGAUUGAGGACACGAUUUAUAAAUAA